UCCAGUGACCUGAGGUGCCCAAGUGAUGACUGCUACCAGUACAAUACCAACGUAGUCUUUGACUCAGAAGGGAAACUGGUGGCUUGUUAUCAUGAGGACUCACUGAAUCUGAGGGAAACCAAGCCAUUUACCAGCAGGACAUCUCUUGCCAGCUGAGUCACAAGAUGGUAGAGAAGCAGCAAGAUGAAAUUUAUGUCCUGGGUGCCUUUGAUGGGCUACAUGUUGUUGAAGGAUGGUAUUAUUUGCAGAUCUGAGCACGUGUGGGCAGCCCAUGGAGAUAGCUCAGACCAAGUUUGAGAUGUUCUCCCUCAGUGGCACAUUUGGCACCAGCUACGUCUUCCCAGAAGUGCUGUACAGCGGGGUGCAGCUGGCCCCCGGGGAGUUCCAGGUGCUAACUGAUGGACGUCUGAUAAGUCGGAAUGCUACAUCACAGGCAGUUUUGACUGUAACACUCUUUGGGAGGUGGUAUGAAAAGGAUCCUCCAAGCACAGAUCAAGCUUCACCAUGAUUUCACUGCAGAUCCUUCAACCUUUCAUCUCCUUGUUUCUGUAAUGUCAAUUAAUCACAUAUAAUGGUAAAUAAUACUAAUAUUCACAAUUAAAAUGGCAUUCUAUUUCUCAAGUAGCUUUAUCUAA